CGGUCUUACGUCAAACGGACAAAACUUAAAAUCGAAUCUCUCAAGGUUACGACUUUGCGCAUGUGUUUUGAAAUUAAUUUCCAGUGAAUUUAGUCAUUCUCACAGUUUCAUGUGGGAUAGGUUGGUUCCGAGAUUUUGUAAUACUAUUAGAAAAAUGUUACCCGAGGUAGUAUUUGUGCUAGGUGCUCCAGGUGCAGGCAAAGGAACGCAAUGCAGUCUUAUUUCAAAAGAAUUCGAUUUUGUACAUCUGUCGGCUGGUGAUUUACUUCGUGAAGAGCGUCAGAGACCAGGUUCUGAAUAUGGUGAAAUGAUCGAAGAGAAAAUUCGAAAUGGUGAAAUUGUUCCCGUCGAAGUUACUUGUUCGCUUAUUGAUAAGGCGAUGCAAAAGUCAGGUAAAACCAGGUUUUUAGUCGACGGCUUUCCUCGUAACAAAGAUAAUUUGGAUGGUUGGCAGCGGAUUAUGACGGACAAGACCAAAUUGCUAUUUGUUUUAUUUUUCGAAUGCUCGCGGGAUCUGUGUACGGAGAGAUGCUUGGGUCGAGGGGCCGCUGGUAGUGGUCGCUCAGACGACAACCUGAAGUCACUUGAGAAGAGAUUUAGCACUUACAUAAACGACACCUUACCUAUUAUUAACCACUACGACCGUCAAGGCCUUGUGCAAAGGAUUAACUCUGAAGUUGGUCCGCAAGAAGUGUUCCAAGAUGUUAAGAAAGUCUUUAAUGAUGUAGGAAUACACCGAAUAUCUAAUUGAUUUAUAAUCCUGUAAUAGUUUAAUGAAGAUUUUCAAAUCAUUUGUUAUGUUGUGUUUCCGUGAACCGAGUUAGUAAAUAUGGCAUAGUUCCUUAUUCUUUCCUUGUCUGCAACUUUAUAAUAUUGAAGCCUUCAUGUUAAGUAAGCGGACAGUGCAAUUAUUUAUGUGAAUAUAAUAGUGUAAUAAAUAAAGUCCCUUAGUUGUUUAAUGGCUGAUGUUGUCAAUAAUAAUGCUACAUAUUAAUUAUUUUCAUAGACUACAAGGUUAUUUCAAUUUGCCAGUCACCAUCAUUAUCUUUAAUGAUUUUCCCGCUCUCUCACAGAAUAUUAUUAUUGCUAUCACAGAUAACAAUAAUCAGUGAGUGAUUACAAAACAUUGUUCCGUUAUAACUAUCACAUCAUUUAAAAGGAGCUCGAUGUUAUGAUACUUAAAUAACAUUCACCAGUAGAAGCGACCUUGUUGUGAUCUUUUGAAGAGCUAUACCAUAGUGCAUUUAUUUAUAAUUCAAGGUUUCUACAUUAAAUUAAAUGUUAAGGCAUUUAACAUUAUUGCAGCAGGAAAUUGUUAUAUGUACAUUAUGUAAAUAAAAACCAAAGGAGAAUAUACUGAG